GGAGCAACAACAAAGGUCUCAAAGUUCACCUGCGGCAAAGUUCCUCCUUUCCCCCCACCCCUCAGCCCUGCCCUUUGGACUUUAGCAUGUCACUGUCUUUCUCAGCCCAACCCUCAUAACCUCCCAUCCACUCACACUGAUCUGCAACACUGACAAGCAGGAGAGAGAGAGAGGCAGAAACAGAGACCCUCCUUUUCCAUCUUGGAGCAGGAGUCAGCAGGAGUUAGAGGAAAGGAAACGAAGACAGAGAUCCCUGGCCAGUGGUGACACAGAGAACAGUCCCAACCAAGGAAUGGACGUGGGGCUGCUGGAGAUCCCUGCAGAGCUUGCAGCCCUCCUGCAGUUCGUUGAAGGUCGACACCAAGCACAGACCAACCAGAUAACCGAGGCAUUGCCUCCAGAAAUCAAGGUCAAAGAUGACCUUUCCCUCCCACCCACCAUCAACAGCUAUCCCUUCUCCUCCUUCGUUAAGUCACACUUCCAGAAGCCAGAUUUCCCUGCCCUUGGUCAGCCUCUGCAUCACCCCUUAACCCAGCUGGGCACCGAACACCACGAGAGUGCACUUGAGAUCAACAAACUGAUCUUGCGGUUCAUUGGUGACAAGAGCCUCCAUGGCUGGCAGGAGGUGCUCCUGGGCAACUACAUUGCUGGCAGAGGUUUGAGUAACGUGGCUCUGCGCGACGAAAUCCUCAGCCAGGUGGUUGCCCAGGCAUGGAAGAACCCAGACGUGGAGCACAGCCAGCGAGCCUGGGUCCUGAUGGCGACUGUGCUGAGCUGCUUUGUGCCUUCACCAGCACUGGAGAAGCCCUUGCUGAAGUUUGUGUCAGACCAUGGCAUGGAGGGCUACAAUGCUGUCUGCCAGCGCAAGAUCCUGACAGCAGCACAUCACACAGAGACAGGCUCUGCACCCUCUCGGGCCUACCCUCCCACUCGGCUGGAGUGGACAGCAAACCAGAGGAGAGGGAAGAUAGUGCUGGAUGUUCAUACCUUUAAUGAGGAGGUGUUCUCAGCUGAGGUGGAGUCCUGGAUGACUGGGGAGCAGUUUGCAGCCUGGAUCCUAAAUGCAAGGGGCUGUGAUAAGAAGACUCGAGGGUGGUCUGUCUCCAUGUUAACUGGCAACACAUGGCAGGACCUGCUGGGCUGUGACUUUGUGCUGGACCUCAUUGGAGAGAUGGAGGAGACCAGCAACUUCAGCAGCGCUUCCCAGUCCCCAGCUGAGUUCCCCAUCGCUCCAGAAAGGGACAGGAGCACCUACCAGUUCUCUGACCUGGAUUCGAUCCCUCCUGCUCCAGGCAUCCAGGCCCCUUCCUUCCCACCCCCUAGCCUGCCUCCAGAAUUCAUGGAUUUCCAUCCAGAUCCAAGGAUUAGAGAUGACCUGAGGAGCUCUGUAGGCCUGGAUCACUAUGUGGAUGAUCUCUUCAGCCCUGUGCUGCAUCAGGGCUCCAGACUAUCAGAUUUGGAGAACAGGGACAGUCUCACUGGACGCAUGAAAGGAGGUGGGAAGAUUGGACCCACAAGGAGAGGAAUCUUUCCUUCUACAGGCUUCCCUGGAAUGGCUCAAGCACCAGUUUACCAGCCCAUGCCUUCCAUGAUGGGGGUGCCAGCAGCCAUGCCCACGAUGCAAGAGGCUGGUGGGAUCACACCUAUGCCAGCCGUGGUUAUGCCCCAGCCCAUGUUUCCAGCUGUGGAUCCCAACCAGUUGGCAGCACAGCAGCAAGCCUUUAUCCACCAGCAAGCCAUGCUCAUGGCCCAGCAGAUGACCCUUCAGGCCAUGAGUAUUUCCCAGCAACAGCAGCAGCAGCUGCAAAAGUCUCUUGAGAAUUCAAGGCCGAGAGUCUCAAGUCCACCACAAACCCAAGCCCCAGCCACUGCCCCAAAACCCAAGAAGCCUCCCACAAGCCAGGAUGCUGCAACACCACCAGAGUCUUCAGAACCACCAGCUAAGGCAUGAGAAACAAACAGUGAUGAGUUCUCCAGCAGUGGAGAUGAUGACUCUCCUCGGGAAACCUUCCAGCAGAAGAGACAAUAUUUUCAGAAGAUGGGAGAGCAACACAUCCGAGUGAAGAAAGUCAGGCCUCCUACCAAAACCUGGACUCCACCAGCAAAUCCUCAGCCAGAGCAGGAGGAGGAGAAAAAACAGGAACAGCAGAGGAAAGAAGUGAAGCCUGUCCCCAAACCAGAGGCAGCUCCUGCUUCCCCCGUGCCAUCUCCUGAGCCAAAGCCAAUAAAGCAGACACCAAAAGUGAAGAAGGAGCCACCUGUAGUGAAGCCCUCAGGCCCCGAGUCGCGUCCUGCGCCGAGCCGCGAGAUCGGCAACAUCAUCAAAAUGUUCCAGAGCCGACCAGCCCCUGAGCCCCAGCCCUUCGAGCCCGUAAGGAGAGUAAACAAGCCGUUUGUAAGGAGGAAUGACCCCAAAAAUGAGGCUCUGGCCAAGCUGGGAAUGAUGAACUCCUCAUCUUGCCCAUCACCAUCUCCUGUGCCACAAGAGAAGAAAGUACCUCCACCUAUCAAGCCCAAGCCAGGCUCAGCUUCCAGCUCUAUCAAGGAGAAGCAGUUGCCUCUCCUGUCCAUCUUCAGGCCAGAUUCUACCCCACCAGCAUCUGAGGGUCCUCCUGCUCCCCCUCCUCUCCCACCACUGCCUUCACCUCUAAAGCCUGAGGACCAGGGCAGGCAGGAAUCCACAGAGAGGGACUCUGCUGUAACAGUAGCAGAUGCUGAUGGCAUCAAGACCCAGCUGUACAAGCUCACCACCAGUGUCAGCUUCUCCUAUGCAGACCCUGCCUGGAAAAUCUUCCUGCGCAAAGAGGUGUUUUACCCCAAAGAAAAUUUCAGCCACCCUUAUUGCCUGAACUUGCUGUGUGAACAGAUCAUCCGUGACACUUUCUCCAACUCCUGCUUUCGGAUCUCCAAGGAGGAGAAGCGCAAGAUGAAAGACCUGCUGACGGAGUUCCGGGUUGGAAAUGAUGUCCAGUCCAUCAAGGAGGAUGGAAUAAAGAAGAGGAUUGUACUGGCUGCCCGGGAUAACUGGGCCAACUAUUUCUCCCGCCUCUUCCCAGUUCAUGGUGAAGAGGGAAGUGAUGUGCAGGUCCUGGGUGUUUCUCACCGGGGCAUUCGGCUGCUGAAGGUGGAGAAAGCAGCCAUGUAUAAUCCUGAGCACCUCAAGAUUCUUCGCAGCUACUGCUUUGCAGAUGUGCUGUCAGUGGAGCUGAAGGGCAGCAGUGCCCUGGAGUUCUCUCUGAAGACAGAGCAGCUCCUCCUGCACUCUCUGAAGGCUCCGUGCAUCAAGGCCAUGGUGGAACUCUUCAUGCAGGAGCUGAGGCAGGACACCAACUACGUUGUUGCUCUGCGCAGCUACGUCGUGGACGACAAGAGCCUCCUCAGCUUCAGGAAGGGCGACCUCAUUGAGCUGCUGCCCAUGCAAGGCGUGGAGCCAGGCUGGCAGUUUGGCUGCACUGGUGGCCGCUGUGGUCUCUUCCCCACUGACCUGGUGCAGUUGGCUGCAGCCCCUGAUUACCUCAGCACCAACAUGGACAGACGUGCAGAGCUACAGAAGAGAAGGAAAUCUUCCCCAGAGAGCAGAAACACCAGCAGGGAGAGUUCUGUUCCCAGCCUGACAUCAGAACCCGACAGCACCAUGUUAGUCCCUGCUGGUGAUCGUUACACCAUGAUUGACUUCGCCACAGCCUAUUUCCGGGAGGCUCAGUCCAUGCAGCGACUGCAGGGGAUGUAUGCUGAAAAGAAGAGUAUAGCUGGCCUGGUCCGCCACACCAAGGUCCCAAUCCAGAUGUCUUUGCUCUGGUACUCUGACAGUGAGCUGAAUGAGCUGGCUACAAAGAACUUCCAGACGCUGAUGCGGUUCAUGGGAGAUCAGCCCAGGCACAAGGACCAGACUGAGGUUGAAUGUAUCUAUGAAAUCCUAAAGCUAUGCAAGGAGAAGGAGCAUUUGCACGAUGAGGUCUACUGCCAGGUCAUCAAACAGGUCACCCACAACCCUAACCAGGAGAGUGUGCUGCGUGGCUGGUUGGUCCUGAAUCUGCUAACUGGAUACUUCCUUCCUACUAAAACCCUGAUGCCCUAUGCCACCAAGUUCCUGCAGCUAGCCAGCAGUGAUCCAUCCAGCACCCACCACGAUAUAGCCAAGAUCUGCCAGAGCAACCUGCGGAAGAACUUCAUGUACGGGGGCCGCCGAAACCUUCCUUUCCCUGUGGAGAUGGAGGCACUGCUGAAGGGGCACGGUGCCCGCCAGCUGGUGAUACUGAUGCCUGGAGGCAUGGAAUACCUCACCAGGAUCAGGACAUUCACGGUGGCCAAGGAGCUCUUGCAGGAGAUCUGUGAGCAGAUGGGAGUAGUUGAACAGGAAGAGAUACAGGACUUUUUUCUUUUUGCUAUCAGGACUGACAAAAAAAAUCUUGGUAAAAUAGUGAAGCCAAUAAAACCAGAGGAGUAUCUCCAUGAUUACCUGCUGGAGGACAAGAUGGUCACCGUGACUUUGCGCAGGCUCACCUGGAGGGCACCUCUGCACUUCGAGAACCAAAUCUAUACAGACGUCCACUAUGGACAGGUGCUGUGGGAUUACCUGAAUGGGAGGAUCCUGCUGACCCAGAGUAAAGAAACAGAGAUGCAAGUGGGCCUUUUGGCAAUGCUCCAGCACUGGGCCAAACCAGAGCAGCAGAACUCUGCUCCCUCCGGGGAGGAGCUGAAGAAAUACACACCAAAGACCCUGCAGCACUCCAUCAGUUCCAUGGCUCUGGAGAACCAGGUUACCACACUGCUGAGGACAAGGCAGCCCCUCCAGCCACUGGAUGCAAAAAUCCAGUUCAUAGAACAUGUGAUGAAAUUGCCUUUCUUUGGCUACACCAUGUUCAUCGUGGAGAGAGUCAGCGAUAAGACGAUCCCUGCGCCCUGUUUCUUUGGUGUGAAUAAAGAGGAGAUCAUUGUGGUGAAUGGCAUCAACAAGGCCGUGUCCCGGGUCAUUCCCCUGAGGGAGGUGCAGAAGAUGCGCACCCUGAAGCCCAUGUCCAAAGAUGGACUUCCCGGCUUGGAGCUGAACUAUGGAUCACCUGCCACCCCCAAGACCAUGUGGAUUGAACUGAAACAGGCUAAAGAACUGUACCACACGCUUGUUGUCAUCCUGGACAAAACAGAGCUCCACUCCUAGACCUUAAAAGGAGGAGAAUGACCAAGGAAAACAGCUGUGUCUCUCUUCCUUUGUACUUGAUCAGUGCUCCCUGACCUGCCUUCUGGAGAGAACACUUCCAGAAGACAGCCAUGACCUGAGACAGCUGCUUUCUAGGGCUGCCACCACAGUGUUUGUUGAUAGACUGUACCACAAUCUCACCCCUGGUGACCUGCCAUUCAGUACCCAAGUACUUCCCUGAAGCAAUCCAUGCUGUGGAUAAACAAACCACAAGGCCCUCUCCACACCACAGUUCCAACAAAGAGCAGCUGAACCAAUGCAAGCACUUGCCUUCAAGCAAGAAGUCCUCUUUUCUUUUUUGAAUUAAUUAACAUUAGCAAAGCCUGGUGCUUGCUAGAGAUUUGUGUAUCCCAAUGCCCAGCUGAGGCUAUGCAAUGCCUGCACUGGCUCCUGGUGUUUUCCAGAGGCCAGUUUUGUCUCUGCAUUGAUAUGCAUAAGGCCCUGGAACGGGACUGGUGAAGCAGGAGUUUACAGAAAGCACCUUAAUUGAAAAGCAGAUCAGUGUUAAUAAUACAAUUAGCACAUAUGCUGGGGCACAGAUUGAGCUGCAAUGGCAUGAAAGUUUAUUGUUAAUUAAUUUCUCACUGACAUAAUUGUAUGCAUCUGCUUCCCUCUACUAUAAAGAAGUCAGUCAUGUCCAUGCAGCUGUCAGGCUUCAAUGAUGGCUCCAUGCCCACAGAGGAAGCAUAUUCAAACAGCACUUAUAUUAUAGUAGAGUGUUUUGGGUUGUACAAAAAUGCCUAAUUUAUUUUUAUUGCCCUUUAGGAAAUUGCAAUAAAGUAAUCACAGAUAUGUUUUGAA